AUGACCGAACCUAGCAGUCGUGCAAAAAAAUUCCGAUUGAAGAUGAAGAAACUCGUUCAAAAAGCAAAGGAUCAUAUACGCUCUGGUUCGUCCUCUUCUCAGACUUCCCCUUCGGAUUCUGCCCGGCCCGUUAAUAAUAUUCAUCAAUCUCGCCCCUCCACUAUCUCUCCGCCCACUGUUAGUGAAAUCCUCCGCUAUCGUUAUCACUUUGGUGUCAAUCUUGGUUCAAUUUUUGUUCUCGAACCAUGGCUCUUCCCUAAAUUUGUAGGGGGUGCAUCUUCGGAGCUCGAUGCUGUAACUUCUUCUGUUAAGAGUAAUGGUGUGGAAGCUACCCGGCAAAAAUGGGAGGCACAUUGGAAAAAUGCCGUUACCGAUCAAGCUUUCGGAUGGUUGUCCAAAUCGGCAAAAGGAACUAGUAUCCGAUUACCGGUCGGAUAUUUCACUCUCGGACCAGAGUUCUGUGUCGGAACACCCUUUGAGAGUGCCAAAGACGUCUAUCAAAAUUCCUGGACGAUGGUAAAAGAGUUCAUCACUCGGGCUCGCGCUCUUGGAGUGGGGGUUCUGGUUGACCUCCACGCGCUACCCGGAGGUGCAAAUACAGACAUGCAUUCGGGAUCCAGUACCGGAAAAGCAGAACUCUGGAGUUCUAAGAAGAAUCUCGAGCUUGCGAAAAGGGCGCUUUUGUUCAUCGCAAAAGAAUGUAAGGAGCUGGAUGGGGUAAUCGGUAUUCAGCUCUGUAACGAAGCAUGCUGGGAUGCCGGAAAGAAAGGAAUGUAUGAUUUCUACACUUCCGUCAUUCAAUCUAUCUCCGAGAUCGACUCUGAAGUGCCCAUCUACAUAAGUGAUGCAUGGGAUCUCUCUUCUGCUUUGAAGUGGACCAAAGAACGGGACUGGAAAUCUGGAAAGGUUCCCAGCAACCCCGUCAUCAUUGACACACACAAAUACUACACGUUUGCAGAGAAGCAUCGCUCACAGAGCGCCCAAGAGUUAAUCCAUCGAAUACCUACUGAACUUGGCGAACUGCCUAAUUGUAGCCCAAGUGCCACACAUCUCUCAUCUGGCGGAGAAACACAAAUUAUAAUUGGCGAAUACAGUUGCGUUCUUGACGACAAAAGCUGGGCAAAAUCUCCACCCGCUAUGAAGGAAGAAUUAACUCGAGAAUUCGGACGACAUCAAUGCAACAAAUGGACGGAGGGAUGUAGUGCGGGGAGUUAUUUCUGGACAUGGAAAAUGGAGUGGAUGGAUGGAGGUGGCUGGGGGUUUGUGGAACAGGUUAAGAAGGGUAAUAUAAUUGCUCCGGCUUAUAUGAGCUGGUCUGUGGAAGAAGUCAAAGAGAAAUUGAUAAAGGCAGAAAUGCAGAAGAAUGAGAUUAUGCAGAAGAUGGUGAAGGACCAUAUAAAUUAUUGGACACAUGAAGAUCCUGGAAAGGAGUUCCGGCAUGACUUGUAUGAAAAGGGGUGGAAGGUCGGGUGGGAGGAUGCAGCGGCGUUUUUUAAAUGGAGAGGAGAAAGGGGCGGAGCAGAUAGACUUGGAUCUUUAGAAAUUUGGAUCAAGAAGCGACUGAUAGAGUCUGGAGAGCGAGGAGAGUUCUUGUGGGAAUUGGAACAAGGGCUUAGAUGGGGUGUCAGAGAGUUCGAGAAUUGUGUUGAGAUGUCUUGA